UUUUAAAAUAAUUGUACCACUUAAAAUGUUUUAGUGUAUAUUGCUGGCUUGUUUCAGUUCCUAAUAGUUUAUAUGAUUCGUCCUAUUUUGCUUAUGGCAUUUGUGACAAUUACAUCCGGAAAUUUGAAGGCUAUGAGACAGCAUGGGUGUGCAGGGUUUGACCACGUUUGUGGAGGGAAACAGCAACUUCCUUCAAAACUUGAAUUUUAAGAACAGCCGCCUGGUGAUUGAUGGCUGCAGCCUGUACUUUUACCUGUACUUCAACCAUGGAUUGGACCAGCAGCAUGGAGGGGAUUAUGAUGCCUUCGCUUGCCUGCUCAUCCGGUUUCUUUCUGCUUUGGCAGCCUGCAACAUCCAAGCGUUUGUGGUACUUGAUGGAGGAACAGACCCCAGUGAUAAGAAGUUUGCGACGCUACGGGAGCGCAUGCAGGGGAAGAUCAGAGACGCAGACCACAUCUGUCACGGUCGAAACGGGUCUGUCCUGCCACUCCUCACCAGAGACGUCUUCAUCCAGGUCCUCAUUCAGAGAGGGAUCCCGCUGGUUCAGUGUCCAGCUGAGGCCGACUGGGAAAUAGCGUGCUUGGCAUACAACUGGAAGUGUCCAGUACUGACAAACGACAGCGAUUUUUAUGUCUUUGACCUUCCAGCUGGCUAUCUGCCACUUCGUUAUUUCCAGUGGAGCAACGUUGGUGGAAAACCAUCUCAACGCCACAUCUCAGCUCGCCAUUACACCACAAACAGCCUGUGUCGCUGGUUUGGCGGGUUGAACCCGGAGCUGUUACCACUGUGUGCAGUCCUGAGUGGUAACGACUACAAGGCUCCGAAAGGGAUUGAGAGGCUUCUUUCUCUGAUAAACGUGCACGCAGGUAGCAGUAAAGGUGGAUCAUCUAGUUCUCGCAUUAAGGGACUCCUCAUUUGGCUGUCCUCUUUUCCAAACGUGGCCGAGGCUCUUGAAGAGGUGAGCAGGGUUAUGGGGGAGGAAGCUGGGGGAGGAAAGAGAGGAAAGGAGGGUGGGCUCAGCUUCCAGCUGUGGACAGCCAUGCAGGACUACAACAUCAAAUCUCAAAGCUCUUUGGCGAGCUGGUUCUCUGAAGGUAAGGCAGUCUUUGGAGGGAAGACGCUCAGUCUGGCGCAGCUGCCGGAGUACCUGAAACUUGCAGCAACUCAGGGACAGUUGGACCCUUUGGCCAUUGAUGCUUUGGUGAUGCGAAGAGUCUUUCUCAUUCCGCAGGUGGAAAAUAGUAAGUUAGCCAGCAGCCACUCCACAUCUAGAGCCGUACGUCAAGCUAUCUAUGGGCUUCUGCUGCAGAAAGAGCAAGAAAGUGCAACUCACAGAAGAAGUAGUGGAGGAAGAGGGCGGGGAGGCAGUGGUCAGGCAGGCACUGAACAGAAGUGCUUUAGUGCAGCAAGUACGGAGUCGAUUGUGGUUGAAGAGUACGACCGAUUGGAGAUAAACCUGAAAAAAAACCAAGUGGAGGCAUGCAUCACCAGGAACCAUGCACAUCUGAAUAAACUCUGCCAGGCGCCUGAGGCAGCACGGAUUCGUGUCCUGUUAGAUGUUUUGGGCGUGAAUGACUCCGUCCUGGCCCCUGUUCCUGCCCGCCUGCAGCUGGCUGUGGCCGUCACUGGGUUCUGGUUGCGGGAGGCAGUACCACCACCUUCACAGCUCGUGCUGCAGGCUUUGGUUCUGGGCUUGGUCUUUGGCGAGCUGUCAUUAAACAUACAGGCUAGAGCUCCUCAACAGCGACGUGCUGUCCCACAGCAUGACUGUGCUGCAGAACGAAACGGAAUGAAUCGACAACGAGUGAGACAAGGGAACAGACGGGGAGUGGAUGCUGGAGUAGCUCAUAGUAUCAGCCAAUGGCAGGCCUGCCUUUGGAGUGCACUGUGCCUCAAUCAGGUGCUGCUGAUGCCGCUGCCUCAGCCCCCUCUGUCAUGGAUUUUCAGUGGUUCUUUGGUCCACGGCCUCCUGAGGUACCUGAAUGGAGGCCGGCCUGCAGAGUCCCUGCUGACCGAGGGCUGCUUUUACAGACGACUCUACACCAUUCUGCUGGACGCUGUGAGGGACUGCGGCAUCAGAGCAAACCCUCGCUCUUCAGCAUCCAGCAGGCGAAGACGAGGCAGAAGAGGAGGACAUAGGGGUGGAAGAGGGGCUCGUGGUGGGGGUAGGGGUGCAGAGGAGAUCACCAACAGGUUUGCUCUCCUCAUGAGUGAGGAAGAGGAGGAGGAGGCGGAUGGGCUUUAAGGAAAUGCUACCGUUAUCAUACAGUCAAGAGAGGAAUGUCUUUUUAAUGUUUACUCUGAAUUGCACCUUUUUCACAUUCCAUUAUGCUUCAUCUUUUUACCCUUUUCUCCAGACUUCAACAUUUAGAAUACGCUUUUAUCCAGAUUAGGUACAAAACAAGUCAACACAUUUUAGGGGAAGUUAUAAAAAAAAAUAUUUUAAUCAUCUCACCAAAACCAUCUGCGUUGCCUUGUUUACAUGGAAGAUGCACUAAUAAUCAAUGCAACUAUGAGUUUAACUAUGUUGCAUUCUCAGUUUAACAUUUUAUGUAUUUUUCCUGUCUAUUUGUAUGUAUUUUUUAAAAUUGUAAAACAAAAAAGUAGCCAUUUCAAAGUGGAUCAUGUGUUUUUAUAUUGCAAUGGUAUGGCUGAUGCUGAAAAUAUGCACAUUUUUAAUAAAAAAGAAUGAGAACAACAUGCAUUUA